AUGGGCGCGGUGAGGACGAUGCGGGACGGGACGACGCGAGGGGAAGGCGAGAGAGACGCGCGCGAGGGGACGCGCGCGAGAGGAACGACGACGACGACGACGACGACGACGAGUUUGGACGCGUUCGACGCGCGGUUAGCGCGGGCGAGGGAAAGAGCGAUGCUCGCGAGGGAAGAGACGGAACGCGUGGAGAAGUGGUUGCGAGACAGCGCGGCGGCGACGCGGCGAGGGGAAGGCGCGAGAGGCGAAGGCUCGAGAGGACGGCGGUCGGACGACGACGGAGGCGUGAAGAUGGCGAUGGCGAGCGAGGAGGACGUCGAGGUCGAAGAGUAUGAUUAUGGGGUGGAAGAAGAACGCGCGAUGCGCUCGUCGAUGGCGACGACGUUGGUGGCGAGGGAAUCGAUGUCCUCGUUGUUCGUGCCGCAGCGUUCGCCGGCGAGGUCGGUGAUACACAGGCCGAUACCGAGGCGGCCGCUGAGCGCGAGCGUGGAGGGCACGGAGUGGACGACUUUACGAGCGAAAGCGACACGAUCAGGCGACACGCGCACGAACGUGUCGAUAGUGAGCGAUGAAGAUGGUAGGAGCGCGUUUCAAUCGCUCGCCAGGGACAACCGCGCCGGGCUGGACGGACUAGGCGACAUGGUGGCGAGGACGACUAUUUCGAGCGGCGUGCUCGACGACGGAGGGUUGGACGGAGGAAUGAGUACGCCGCCGCGACCGCACCGAUCGCCGCUACGUCCACCGGUGGCUCGUCCGAGGAAUCGCACACUGAGCGAGGAUUUCUCUAGUCCCGUUCGCCUGUCGUCGUCGAUGGAGCUGAGACAUUCCACCAGCUCGCGCAUGACGUUGUUAGAAUCCGUCGCACACGAGGCAGAGUACGAACGCGCGCGUAUGUCUGAAAAGUCUUACGACGAUAGCGAGCCUCGGUAA